AUGUCCAGAGCUCAGCCGUACAGCAGAACAAACCUCCGCUGUCUGCUCAGAGAGUCUCGCACUGACAUCUCCAUGGCAGUGGACGACCCCUUCCCCCUCGUCUACGGCUUAGCGGACAAAAACAUCAUCAGCGACCUGCAGCUCAAGGAAUCUUUGGAGAAACAGGCAGGAGAAGGCGUCCACAAGGCCAUGUACUCCCUCCUGUCCUGGGUUCUAGAGCAGGACACAGCCAAAGUGGAGGAUUUCUGGAAAUGUUUGAACAAAGACUACAACCGGGAGAGUUAUCCAAGACUCAGGACACUGCUGGCCAACCUGAAGCUCAAGAUGGAGACUCCAGCUUCAAGAUUAGAAACAUCAUCCCCUGAAAGUCACAGCAAAAGGAAGAAAAGAAGUCAUGAAAACAAAAAGGCGGCUACCACAGCACAGAGCCAGUACUCGCACUACCAGGCCAAAAGUACUGACAGACCAGGGGGAAAAGUCAAACUAUUACGAGUGAAGAACGAAGCUCUUCUUUCACAGCAAACUUCAAAUAGUGUGAUUCCCUUAGUGCAAAAAGCCUCAUUAUCCUCAGCAUCCACCAGUAAACAAGCACUCAGCUACAAAUCUAGAGAAAAGACUUCUACUUCAGAGGGCAUCUCUUUAAAACAAGUAAAAGUUGGAGAGGAAAACUAUUUUUGCAGGAGUAAAGCUGCAAUUCCGACUUUCAGCCACAAGGGGGAGUGCUUCAGCAGCCUGGGCCACCGUAAUGACGACGAAUGUGCCGUGUGCAAAGACGGAGGCGAGUUGAUCUGUUGUGAUGGAUGUCCCCGUGCUUUCCACCUCACCUGCCUGAACCCCCCUCUCACCUCCAUCCCAAGAGACACGUGGCAAUGUGACGUUUGUUGUGGGAAAAUCAUGAAAGAAGAGGAGACUCCACACCUGACACAACUCCAUACACCCCAACUCCAGAAGAUAACGCCCCAUUUCCCGUCGCUCUCCGCCCUCUCGCUCACGACAGCAGACGUCAACACAAAGGAGCCCGACCAGUGCCCAGAGCCCGUCGUGGAAAUCUGUGCAGUUUGUCAUCUCGGAGGAGGAGACCUGACACUUUGCCUUCAGUGUCUAAAGCGCUACCACAAACACUGCCAUUUCUCCAAAGGCAGGUCCGUCUGCUCGUCCUGCUCCAGACCGUGGUUUGGCUCCACUGAGGGGGAGGCUAAGUGUCUGCAGAUCACUCCUGCAACUCAGCACGCACAAAGUCAAACCUGCAGUGAACCUGAUGUCGCUCUCCACGGCACAGACCUCGACUCCAUCCUCGCUGAUGCCUCUUUCGAUGGCAUCUUACAGUGGGCCUUUCAUAGCAUCUCCAGACCGCUCCACGACUCUCAAGGCUGCCUCCAGUGA